UGAUUGAUAGUAUAAUAAAAUUGUUGUCCAAAUUUGACACAUCUAUUGAUACAAACAUUUUGAUUGAAUGAAUGGCUUCUCAGUCGAGGAUAUUAUUGUUGAGAAGAGCUGAUCACCACUCAAGACUCACAUCAGGUUUUGAGUGUCUUCUUGAGUCGGAAGCCAUGACAGACGUGACUCUGGCCUGUGAUGAUCACGUAGUUCGGGCCCAUCGGACAGUACUGUCGAUAUUCAGUCCAUUCUUCAAACGACUGUUUGAUUCAAUACAAAAUCCAUUGCACUAUCCGUUUGUUGUUUUGAAAGACAUGCCAUACGAUGACUUAAAGGCCAUCAUUGACCUGAUGUAUAGGGGAGAAGUGACUGUCACUAGGGAUCAGUUUCAUUCUCUUAAGUCAUCCGCUAAGACAUUGGAAGUUUCAGAGUUAUCUGAUAUUAUUGACUCAUACGAAGAGAAGACUGGAAUUAUUACUAAAACUGAAGACAUUAACGCAUUAUUUGUAAGAAAUACACGCAAAAGAGGUCGUCCGCGAAGAUAUUGCGAUAAUAUCGAAGUUGACAGUGAAGAGGAUGUUAAAGUGUUUUCAUCGUCGGGACCGCCAACUAAAAGACAACAGGUUUUGCUAUCAAAAACUACGGGAAUGAUUACUAAAUCAACUAAUUUAUCAACUAAUAAACCGCAAACAGCUAUACGUGGCGGUCAUUUACCGCAAUUGGGUCGACCGGCCACUGCCAUUCGUGGCGCACAUUCAUUUGGUUAUAAACCGCAGACUGCCGUAAGAGGUGGACAUUAUGGCGGUGUUGUAAAACCGCAAACAGCUUUAAGAGGUGGAGUUCGUGGACGAGGAACUCGAAUCAAAAUCGAAUCAGAUGUCGACCCCAAUGAUGAAGACUAUAUACCAAUUCAAGACACUGUUAGACGCGGUAAUAGUCGACGAGGACGACGACCACGACUCUCGGCUGAUCUACCGAUGGCCAGUAAUUUAAUACAAAAUUCAGAAUCAGUGGACUUAGAGAAUAUUUUUCCAAAUUACAAUCCAUCUGAUGUCACUUCAUCGACAUCUGAUACAUCAAAUACAACCAAUAGACCCAUUCCAGUGACAUUUGAAACAGUUGUUAAACAAGAACCCGAUUCAGAUUCAGAAGUUGAGUGCAUUAUGUCGGCGACCAGUCCUUUGCCGAGUAGUGUUGAAGAGAUUCCGAUACCGAAUGAAACACUCGACUCAAUAGUCAACGAUAUUUCCAGUAAUUCUGAAUCACAACAAAAUGAAUUACAAACUAAUGAAUUAUCUAACGAUCUAACAGUCAGUGAAAGUAUUAGUGUUUCAAAGUCAACGACCGAAUCAAUUGCUACCACUUCUGAUGAAAACCAAACCAUUUCAUCGAAUACUGUUUCUGACGUUAGAAUUAAAACUGAAAGACCAGACACUCCUAUCAUUGAUAGAGAGGUAACAACUUUACAACAAAUACAACAAUCUAUUGAUUCGGGAUCUAACUCGAGUUCGAUUGAUAAUCAAGUCAUCAAUAGUACUACUGCUAUACAAUCAUCGGAAUCAGUUUCAGUGACACCAUCGACCAUAAACAGUGUAAUUAACACAACAAAUGUCCCGCUAUUACAUGUUAUUAAAACUGAACGAUUCUCUCCAACCAUUGAUUCCCAAACAUUCUCGCAAUCUAUUACUGAUUUGGAGCCAAAUAUUAGCAAUUCAUCGGAACAGCCGAUUAUCACUGAAUCGACAAUACCUGUGUUGAGUACAAUUAAAACGGAAAGAUUGUCACCAAAUAAUAUUGAAAACAAUAUUAUCGACAUCUCAGAGGAAAAUAGUCAAACAGAAACAGUUGUUAGCUCUUCUCAUACAACGGAAACAGUUGUAAAUCAAGUGCUGAAUGACGAACUGGUUAUCACUGAUUCUAUUGAAACAACAUUAGAGCCACAGCUGACUGAUCAGAUCAUAACAAUUGAAGACAACAAUCUAUUCACUGAUUCUACCAUUAGUUCAACUCCACAGACUGAUGUUAUUUCGCAAACAUUUACUGAUUAUGAUCAGCAAAAUACAUGUGAAAAUAGUGGUGCUGUCGAUGUCAAUGUACAGCAGAUAGUAUUUGACGCAUUUUAUUCUGAUAAUAGUGACCAACCAUUGCAGACAUUAGCCACAGAAGCUUCUUCAUCUACUUCUUCAACUACCAAUCACUCAUUAAUUAAUUUAAAUAUAGAAAAUAAUUCAUUGAAUGAACAAAAUACUCAAUUCAUGGCAGCAUCCGAUUCUACUAAUAAUUAUUUUACAAAUCAAACUAUCACCACAUCUGUUCCAAUGCAAGUCGCAAGUGAUGAGCAAACAAUUACAACAAAUACCGGCAAUUUUCUCGAUAACAAUAUAGUUAUGAAUAGUCCCAUACAUUCUGAUGAGGAAUGUAUGCUUUUAGAUAGUCCUUCACAGGACUAUCAUAAAACUCUUGGUUCAGAUAACUUGGAUGACUCAAUGGAUGAUAAUAAUUAGUUACUUCAAAAUUUAAUUUUUAUUCAAUAAACAAAUUUCAUUUUAUAUUA